AUGAGCUGGCUCGCCCGCGCGUCCCGCAGCGCGCGGCCAACGCAUCGCUUCGCACCAGCGCUGCGCACGCAGCAAAUCUCGCGCGAGUUUUCGGCCGUGCCGGCGGGCCAGGCGACGCGGCCGCACAUCCUCUGGCUCUACCGCCGCAUCAUCUUCGCCGCGGCGAGGUUCCCCAGCAAAAACCGCGACAAGGUCUACGCCGAGAUCCGCGACGAGUUCCGACGAAACGCGGCCCUCGAGCCGGGCUCCGACGCGGCCAUCGAGCAGGUCGCGCUCGCGCAGCAGUCGCUGCGGCAGCUGCAGGCGUACACGAACAUGCAGCGCGACGACGGCAGCUGGGAGCUCAACAUGGAGUCGAACCCCAUGCCCAAGCCGCCGAUCGCGAACGACCCCAAUUAG